AUGGCGUCUUCUCUAUCCUUUUCUUCUUUAUCCCCUCCUAUAACUAAGGAUAAGCUAAAGCUAUCCUUUUCUUCUUUAUCCCCUCCUAUAACUAAGGAUAAGCUAAAGCUAUCUAUGUCGUCUUCUCCCUCUCUGAAGAGGCUGCUCGCCUCUAACCUCCUCCAUAGGUCAGCGGUGGCUCGGCCUGCAGCUUCUCGCCUCUUCAACACAAAUGCUGUCCGCGAGUCCGACGUCGAUCGCCCUCCAGAGCCUCGUCUGUUCUCCACCUUCAUAGACAUAUUUGGUCCAUGUCUCGAAAGAAGCAGCCUGAACAUAAUCCUGAAAUUGGAUCAAUACGUGAAAUCUCCUGAGAGAUCGACGAAGAUGGUCUUCAGGAACUGGGAUGCUCGGGAGACUGCGGAUUGGAUCCAGCUGCGAAUGGACAUGCCUGGGCUGGGGAAGGAGGACGUCAAGGUGUCGGUGGAGCAGAACACUGUGACCAUCGAGGGGAAGAAGAAGGAAUUCGAGGAAGACGAAGAAGAUGGCGUCGGCGGAAGGAGGUACAUGUACAGCAGGGUAAUAGAUCUACCGGAGGGGAAGUACAAUACUAGCGAGAUAAAGGCCGAAAUGAAGAAAGGUGUCCUCAAGGUGUUUCUGCCGAAGAUCAAACAGAUGAGUGGUGUUUUCUAUGUUAAUAUUGGGUGA